CGGUAUACGCGGCCAAACAAAACAAACGAACCCUAGAUUAAACGCAGGUGAGCGCAGCGUCAGCGCCAAACAUAAAACGCACAGGUGUGGGUUAAUUAUAUACAAUACUGAAGAGCUGGGAAGGUGUGAUGUUUUCUUUGCCAACAAUUUGAAGACAGUUACACUUUAAAAAUGAACACUGGAGCAGGGACGCCUUACAUCGGCAGCAAAAUAAGUUUGAUAUCAAAGGCACAGAUUCGUUAUGAAGGAAUAUUGUCCUCUGUGGACACAGAAAGGUCCACUGUUGCUUUAGCAAAAGUAAAAUCCUAUGGGACUGAGGACCGACACACUAACAGACCUGUGCCACCUAAAGAUGAAAUUUAUGAAUACAUAAUUUUCAGAGGAAGUGACAUUAAGGAUAUCACUGUCUCUGAGCCCCCAAAACCACACCAUGGGCUCCCACUAGACCCUGCAAUUGUACAGUCCUCUAUUGGCAGUUCCUCUGCAGCAUAUCACCCACGAUGGAAUCCUUACAGAGACUUUUCUGCCUACAACCAGUUGGCUGCCAGUUCUCUACUCAACCAGCAGUACAAUGCAGCACUUGGUCUCGUACCAGGUUUUCAUGGCCUCCCAACGAGAAGAGGUCCCAUGGUUGAACAGGCAGUCCAGACCGUGCCGUUGGCCACUGCUGUUCAGAAGAAGAUCAAGGUUCCUGCUCAGCCUCCGAACAGACAGCCUGUUCGCUCAACUCAACAAUCUGUUCGUGAAAGUUCCCAGCUUCAGAAAGAAAAUGUCCUGAACAGUCGGGCAGCACCUCAGGCUUCUGCAGCCAAGAGCCAGAUUCCAAGCACUGAUAGCCAGAAAAAAAGGCAAAAAGAAGAUAAACAAGGUAGUCGCAGACCCAGGAACCGCAGCAGAGGUCAGCUCAUUGUCAAAAACUCAAAGGCUACGACUUUGCAGUUUGACUCUGAUUUUGACUUUGAAACAGCGAAUGCUCAGUUUAAAGAUGACCUUACAAAAGAAAAAGAAGUCACAGCUGAAAAAGUAGAGUCAGCCAAAACUCCAGAAAGUCAAGAUAUGGAAGAGGUGGAGACUCCUGGUGACAAAUACUAUGACAAAGCCAAAUGCUUCUUUGAUAACAUCUCAUCGGACCUUAAACCCAGGAGAACCACAUGGGCAGAAGAGAAGAAGUUGAACAUGGAAACGUUUGGUGUUACCGGCCGCUUCCUCAGAGGCAGAGGCUUCAGAGGCCGGGGACGUAGAAAGGAGAACACUGUCGACCCUCGACCCCUCAAAGUUGGCAGUGGAAGGGUCUGAAUGUUUUGUUCUUGUAAAUAAUAGUCUUUUUGUACUAAAUUAAGAAGUACCUCCCUAUUUUCUACAUUUGUUUUUUUUUUUCUAAUUAUCCUAAAUGUAGUUUAGUCUAAUUUAAACUGGGAGCUGUUUAUUUUAGAUUGAGCAUGAUUGAGCAUAACUGCAAGAUUUUUUUUUUUUUAUUCUUUUUUUUUUUUAUUCUAUUAAAUAAGUAUAUUAGACUGUCCAAAUCUAACUCCAGUUUGUUUGGUCUUAAUGCCAACUGGACAGCUGUGCUUUAUGUUCCCCCUACUUGUAAUGUAAGAACUGGAGAACCUUAAAAGUUGCUAUUAAAUAAUGUAAACCACU